AUGACUACGCCCGCUCCGUCUGCCGACCAGCGUGCUGCGCCGUCCAGCACGUCCACCACCCCUGCCUCGCCUUCGGUGCUGGCGCCAGCUUCAGCUUCACCUGCAGCUAUGUCCCCGGCAACAGAGGCCCGCUCCGCACUCACUCCGUUGCUGCCCGCUGAGGGCACCCCGUCGUCGGCCCCUGGUCAGCCGGUGGCGGCUCCAGCGGGCGCCCCCGUGGAUGUCAUCGUGGUCGACGACAACGGUGCAACCGAGCACCUCCGUGCGAAGAAGGCGGCGCGCGUGCUAUGCGCGGCAUCGCUCAACGGUAAACGUGUGGGGCCCUCCGGCGAUGCCGAGGCCCGCCCACCGAAACGCAAAGCGGUGUCGUCACAGUCAUCGACAGCUCACGCUGUUGACGCCCCCGCUGCCGCCCUGUCUGCUGCGGGAGGUUCGUCAUCGUCGACGCCGUCGGGUACCACGUCUGCUCCUCCAGUCGUAGCGCCCGCUUGCGCGCUUCCUGCGCCGGGCGUGGGGACGCCCACGCUGCUGGUGCCCCCGACGCUAUCCGGUGCCGACCCCGGCGCCGAGAGCGCGGCCCAUCAGAUGGGCGGACCCCGCGACGAUAACUCUUCCGACCAAGCGCUGCCGACGCCACGGCCGUCCGAGUCGACGCCAUCUCGGCCGUUGCCGAGGCAAGCGGCGUCGGCGUUCAACCUGGACGAGUUCGCCCGCUCGUACGAGCCGGCCGACUUCGCGGGGGAGCCCAGCUCGUGCACCGAGCGCCUCUCUCUCGCGAACAAGGUGGAUCAACUGUUCGAACUCCUCACCGAUCUGCGCCGCGAGCUUCAGGCGCUUCCAGUCCCCGCGCAGCGCAGCGAGCCCGCCGAGGUCGUCUGCGGUUUCCCUGUGUCUGCGGCUGUGAUUACAGGCGGUGUGACCGCCUCCGCCUCGGCUGUAUCCUGGACACUUCCGCCUGCCGGCUGUACAACGGACUUGCCGCCGCCGGCGGUCAGCGAGCUUCGCUGCGCCAGUUUCCAGCUCCCCCGUACUCGCUCAGGUAGGUGGAUGUCGCCCAUGUCGUUUGUGCUGCACUUGCGUGAGCUCGACUGCGCCCGCUUUGACGCGCCCCCGGCGGGCUCCACAAAUGCGAACUUUUCCGCGGACUUUGGAGCAGGCGCUACGCUCCCGGCGACCAACGCGCGCUGCCCGACAUACGAGGACCUGUUGGCUGCAAUCGGCGGGCUCAUCUCGUUCGGCGACGCGAUAUGGUAUGACCACGCCCGUCACCUGCUCUCACGCUUCAUCGGCCGCGCGCUCGCACACCUGCUGGUCGACUCACCGCACUGGUGGCGCAGCUUCUGCGACGCUGCGGCCCUCAACGGACUCGCGCUGCGGAUGGCGACGACAGCGGCGCCAGCACCAAGUGGCCCGUCGGUGGCGCCACCGCGACAACUGAGCGGGCAACAUCGCCGCGGACCUGCCGCCCGGACCCCCAUUAUGCCGGAGCACAUCCGGCGUCUGAUCCCGCGCGACCGCGACGGCCGUGAGCCGUGCCCGCGCUUCCUCGCUGGCGGCAUGUGCUACGGCGGUUGCCCCGACCGCUGCGCGCAUCAACAGCGCACACACUGCUGGGACGGGCGCCUACCUCGGGAGCUUCAGGACUUCAUCGACCGCCACUACGGCGACACACUCACCGAGUCCCCAACUGAGACCGCUGCUUGUACCUACGUGCACGGCUUCGCCAAGGCACUCUACGGUCCUUGCGCACCCCAGGAACCGCCCCAUGGCGUUCUAGAUGCUCGAGAGGACCCCGGUGGCGGAGUGUCCCCACCGGCGUUACCACACCGCGACCGGUCGAGGUACCGCAAACUCUACGGACAGCCGCCUACGUCGUCGCUUCCGCUUACUGCUGGUCAGGCGACUUCAACCCGCGCUGACGCGCCUGGCCACCCGCACGUCGUCCGGAGUCCAGGGGACCCGAGCACCACGACGGCUGCGGCUCCUGCGCGGACCUGCGGCUGCCGUGCACGUGAUCAUUCCUUCCGCCGCCACCACGCGCCCCGCGAGGCUGCCCUAAGGCGGCUGAUCGCUGAUUCCGCGGCUCGCGCAAAGCUCUGGGAUGCCGUCCGUCUUCGUAAUAUCAAUGCGGCGCUGGGCCGGGUCGGGCUCAAGCUGCCCACCGCAACUCCGGCGACCCGAUAUGGCUCGCCGUCCCUCAACAAGGCACUGCAGCGUGUUCUUUCGGAAUUCGUGCGGCGGACGCGUAUCAGUCUCCCGCAGUUUAUCGAACUGAUGCGCGGCCAGACGUCCGACGACUACCGGCCGAACAAGGCCAUCCUACCCGAUGUUUUUCGCGCGGCAUGCGCCGACUACCCGCAUCUCGAUGCCCUGAUGUCUAUCGCGGAGCAGGGGAACAUCCGCAAGGAGCAAGACCUAUGGAGAUGUUAUGUGCUCGAUCUUGACAUCCUCCAGAUUUGGUCGGAAAUCCAUAUCAGCCCGUUUGGGGUGGUCGACAAGGGCGAUGCCGACCCGAGGACAACCGGUCGGGUUAUCCACGAUCUCUCUUUCCCUGAGGGCUCGUCCGUCAACGAUGUCACCGACACCUCCGGUUUGUGCACCCCGCAGUUCAAGCCGUGUGAGGCCAUCGCUGUCGAGAUCCUGGACCAACAAGAGCAACAUCCCGACGCCGAGAUUCAGCUCCAAGCCGGGGACGUGGCCUCCGCCUUUCGAAAUGUCUGUACUCAUAGCAGGCGUGUCCAAAUGUUUGGGGGCCGCCUCGAGCCCGACAAUGCCCUGGUCAUUGACGCGUCGGCAGCCUUCGGCUGGUCCGGCUGGCCAGCCAGCUACGGCGUUGUGGCCGGAGCUAUCGCACACAUCCACGGUAACGCGUUCAACCGGUUUCGAGACUCGGGGCCGUUCAACUACUAUUGGGUGGACGACCACAUCAACGUCGCCGCUGCCAUCGGUACGAAUUGCAUGGAGGUCGAGCGCUCUCUCCGGAGUUCCAUGGUUAUCGUAUUGGGCCAUGACGCGGUCUCCGAGGACAAAUUCACCUUGUGGAGCCCCCGUCAACAAGUCCUUGGACUCGUGUUCGAUUCUGCCGCGGGAACGGUUGCUAUGCCCGCCGACAAGAUUCUGAACGCCCAGGCGUGCGUUCGCACCGUGCUCUUCGUCGACUCUCUUUCUCGGUCGGACUAUCGCAACCUUCUCGGUCGGCUCCGCCACGUCGCUACCUGCGCUCGCUCCGCUCAGACUUUUCUCCAGCGGCUGUGCCUUCACGAGCGGCACCUUCGACGCUGGCAUAAGGUGCCGGUCUCUGCCGCGAUGAAAGACGACCUUCUCUGGUGGCUCCACAUCCUGGAAUCGCCGGCGCUCAAUGGCGUACCCUUGUCCCAUUUCCGGGCGUACCCUGUGCCUGCUAUGGUCGUCAAAAUGGACGCUUCCGACUCCGGGCUGUGUGUCCUUGUGCGUGCCGCCCGGACCGUUCUUCGCUACAGUUUUUCAGCCCACGAGCGCAGCCUCAUCGAAGCUACCAAGUCCAAUCCAUCCAUUGCCUUCGAUAUCAAUUAUCGCGAGCUCUUGUCAUGCGCCUUCGCUGUACACGCCUGGGAACAAAAUGGCUUCGCGCAAUCCACGCGCACAAGCCCUUCUACGCUUGCUCGGGUCUGGGAACUCGAGUACGGGCUUCGUUUUUCGGCCGCUCACGUCGCGGGCGUGGACAAUCGGAUUGCAGAUGCGGGCUCUCGCUACGAUAGCAGUUCUACUCUGGCAGCUCUGUUUGACGAUCUAACCCGUGACUGGCAGCAGGUUACACCGCUAGCGGACGUCUCGAGCUUGGAAGCGAUAUGGCCCAUUAUCUCCGCACGAACUCGGUCGCGUCAACAACACUCGGCAAGUAUCGCGGCGCACUCCGAGCAUGGUACGCGUGGACGACCCAACGUGGGGUCCAACCCGCUCUACUCGGGUACUCCGGGGCCACCAAGCUCCAACAAAUUACCGAUUUCGUCCUUCAUGGCUUCCAAUUCGGCUACGGCUCCGGGCGCCCCAUUCGCGGCUCUUCUAUAUCGGCGACACUUCAUGGCAUUCGGCAUUUCUUUUAAGCAGCGGCACUCGAUUUCCCAUGCGGCCAUCCCCAAAUCCGCAUGGUCCUGA